AUGCCUCAAGUUCUACCUGGUAAUGUUACUGGCUUGUACUAUAUUCUGGUUAGUAACCUCCCAUGGUCAUGUACAUGGCAAAGAUUAAAGGACUUCGCACGUAACCAAGAUUGUACGGGACAUUGCCUUGCAGUUGAACAUGCACAAGUAUAUCCUGAAUCUACCUGUGGUUGGGUGACGGUCCGUGGAAGGGAAGACUUCCUCAAGGCGCUCCAGUAUCUGCAAGGUGGAAUGAUGGAUAAUCGUGCUUUGUGCGCAGAUGGCCGCAAUGAAACGGAAUCUAUCCAAGUGCGAGAUCUUGCAAUGCCAUGGACAGCGCAAUAUUCCUGCGAAAGCACCACAAGCGAUCCUACACCUCCAGCACCAAUACCUUCAGUGUCAUCAGCACGCUCAGGGCCCAUUCAACAGAUGUCUUUUUACCAAAUGACACCUGCAGCAAAUGGCACCUCAACCACCACUUCGAUAUCGACUACUUUUAAUGAUCGAGGUAUAACUCAGAUUCGAAGUGUUGGGAUCUAUCCAAAUGCACCAUUACCACCAACCUUUGAUCCCAUAUUAUAUGCUGGCGAUGUGGUGCCAAGCACGCCCAUGUUUACAUCACCUCUCCAAACCUUUACAUCUUCACCCCCUUUUCUGCCGAUUGCCGAACAAUACGACACCAUGUCCAUUGUUAAAAGCAAAGUCAUUGUCACCCAAAUCCCUCACCAUGCGUCUACCACUGAUUUGAGAAAUCUCAUACACGCAGGAAUCAAAGCCAAAUUUCUGGAUACUUCAUCGGCUGAAAACCCUCUUGCUGCUUUGUGCAGUAUGAAAAUCGAGAAACAUCCAGAUGGCAGGCAAAAAUCCCAUGCAUUUCUCAGCUUCGAGACAUGUAGUAUGGCUCGAGCGAUAGUAGAUAUGCUUGACGGGGUAGACUUCAAGGGAAGAAAUCUACGGGUAAAGCUUGCAAAAGAAGGGGCAGAGCCCAGACAAAGCCCCAUGAGACCCACCGGCAGUGCUUCUGCUUCCAUCCUACAAUUGAGGGACAGAGGGCAACCGAAAUCACAGGUAUCUUCACAGGACACCAAACAUUCGAAAUCAAACAUUGUGGCACCUGGCCAUGGGGGAAAGAGUCUGCAGAGGUCAAAGGAAGGGAAGAGUGCUGAGGAUGGAACGAUGGAAGAGAGGAAGAGGGCAACUGUCAGGGAAAGCGUGGUAGCUGCAGUGGCCAUGGUAGCGGCGGAUGCCAAGAGAAAGGCAACUCCGAAGUCACCGUUGGUGGUUAAUGGGUCAGGAAAAAGCGCUUAG